AUGUCAGGAGUUGAAGUUCUUUUAACUGUAGGUAAGCUCGAUGCUUCCUUGGCAUUGUUAACCACGAAGGAUCAUUAUGUGAUUGAAUUUCCUACUAUGUUGCUUCCAGAAAAUGUUAGAGCUGGUUCUAUUGUGAAAUUACAGGUAUCUCAAAAUCUCGAAGAAGAAGAAAGACAAAAGACAAGGUUUGAUGACAUUCAAUCUAAGAUCUUGGAGAAGUACGGUGCUCGCAAGCCAAAGACCCCUACUUUGAAAGUGGUAAAUGUGACGCAAACAAGUUGUGUCUUGGCUUGGGAUUCUCUGGAUUUGGGUUCUGCAAGAUUAAAAUCGUUAGUUUUAUAUAGACAAGGUGUCCGUUCAAUGGUCAUUCCAAACCCAUUGAAAGUAUCAGAGACCAAAAUUUCAGGAUUAUCUAUAGGUACUCAAUAUGAGUUCCAAUUGAAGUUGUCUACAACUUCUGGACAAUUGUGGUCUGAAAAAAUCAAAAUAACUACUCAUAAAAUGACUGAUAUGUCGGGUAUUACAGUUUGUUUAGGUCCAUUGGAUCCAUUACAAAGAAUUACUGAAGAACAAAUUGUUGCAAGCUUGGGUAAUAUAGGGGCUAGACCUUUACAGAAAAAAGUUGUCAUCGAUACAACUCAUUUCAUUUGUAAUGAUGUUGAUAAUGAAGAUGAUCCCGAACUUCUAAGAGCAAAAUCAAGUAAUAUUCCAAUUGUAAGGCCAGAAUGGGUAAGAGCAUGUGAGUUAGAAAAGAGAAUUGUUGGUGUUAGAGGUUUCUAUUUAGAUGCCGAUCCAAGUAUUUUACAAAGUUAUACCUUCCCAAUUGUUCCAAGUUCUGACUCUAGAGGUGCAGCAGGUGUUGUCGAUGAAAAACCAGAAGCCGCAUACAUAGAAGAGGUAAAGGAAUCAAAUACAAAUGAAAAUGGAACACCCCACGUUGAAGCUGAAGUUGAAGUUGAAUCUAAAGAACAACAACAUGGAGAUAACACUGAUGUAGUAGAAAACGAGAAUAAGGAAACUGCUGUUGAAGAAGAAUUGAAAUUACAAGAGGUUAAUCUACAGGAUGGAGAAGAAAAUACCAACACUAAUGAACACGAAGAUACAGAACAAAUUCAAGAAGAACCAAAAGACCGUUUAGAUGACGAAAUAAAAGAAGAUAUCGAACUUGAGAAUGAAAUAAAAGAAGAAGUAGAGGAGGAUGUAGUUGAAGAGGCUAAAGAGGAAGAAUUAAAUGAGGAAACACAGGAAGAAGCUAAAGAAAUAAAAGAAGAACUAAAAGAAGAACCUGUAAAUGAAAGCAUCAGUGAGGAGAAAGAACAGGAAGAACAGGAAGAACAAGAACAAGUGCAAGAUAUUCCUGAUGAAGUUGUGAAUGAGGUAAUUGAAGAUGUGGAGAAUGAUGUUGAAGCUGAGGCUCAUAUUGAAGAAGCAAAUGAAGCUUCUGAGAAUAUGGAGGAUGUAGAACUAACUCCAGAAACCAAUGAAAUCAAUUCUGAAGUAAAUGCUGAAGAAGAAGUACCGGUUGAUACCUCUAUUCAAACUGAAGUCGAAAUGGAUGAUAAAACAGAUAUAAGCACUAUCAAUCAAGGUGAAGAACAAAGUGAAGAAGGAGUAGAUGUCCAACAAGAAGAUUCAAGUCCAAUUCCAAGUUCUCAAAAUGGUAAGAAAGCCAAUAACAAAAAGAAUAAAAAGAAGAAGAACAAGAACAAGAAGAAAUAA